CGGCAGCGUGACGCUGUGCAGCUGAGGGAGGCUUAAAGAGACAACAGUGAAAUCAUAGCAACUUGAGGACAAGAGAAACCAAACCAGAAAGAUAACAGCGAGCGAAGAACCAUGACUUCGACUGCGUUUCUGUAACCAACAUUUAAAGAUCAACCCAAACUGCUGCCUGUCUUGUGCACUGGUGUUUCGCUUACGCUGGGUUGCCUCCUCUGCUGUGGCCCUGCAACAUGGAGAGUGUCCACUGUGUCACUGAAGGCUGACCAGAAGGAAUGAGGCACUCCAGGAGAUGUUCCCAAGUGGCCUUGUGGAUGCAGUAGCUGGGUUUCGGAGUGCUUUUUUAUGACUAGUAUUGUAUGUGUGUCUGUGGGCACAUCUUAGCACAGCCUGCCUAUUUGCCAGGCAGGGACCUGCUACUUUGAGACUGGAACUGGAGAAACACACAAGAAAGAAGCCCCUCUGGUAAACGAGGAACAGGAAGAAAAAAAGGGAGCAGCAGUCUGAUAGAUAGACGAGUCACUUCAGCUGCAAUUUCAGCUCGUUUAAGUGUCUUCUGAACCACUGCACAUUUUAGCAGCAACACCUUUCCUCUGUCUUGUGAGAUUUGUCUCCCUCCCCCUCCCUAAAGUGUGCUCCAUCGUUGUUAUUGGAGUUUCUAUGGUUUGCAUGGCUGGAGAAUAACCGUGGAGAGGCCAGGGUAUCACAAGCUUAUGGAUUUUGACAAGAGAGGGGGCAAGGGAGAGACAGAGGAAGGUAAAAAGAUGUCUAAGACAGCAGGCAGCAGGACUGGACAUGGAGGCAGGAGUUCAGGGACCAAUUCUGGAGUUCUUAUGGUUGGCCCAAACUUCCGUGUGGGUAAAAAAAUCGGCUGCGGGAACUUUGGAGAGCUGCGGCUGGGAAAAAAUCUCUAUACUAACGAAUAUGUGGCCAUCAAAUUGGAACCUAUAAAGUCCAGGGCGCCACAGCUCCAUUUGGAGUAUAGAUUUUACAAACAGUUGGGAAAUUCAGAGGGAAUCCCUCAGGUGUACUACUUCGGUCCUUGUGGGAAAUACAACGCCAUGGUGCUGGAGCUGCUCGGACCCAGUCUCGAGGACCUGUUUGACCUCUGUGACCGCACCUUUUCCCUCAAGACGGUCCUCAUGAUAGCCAUACAGCUGAUAACACGGAUGGAGUAUGUCCACACCAAGAGUCUGAUCUACAGAGAUGUGAAGCCAGAAAACUUCCUUGUUGGGCGACCAGGAAGCAAGAGGCAGCACACCAUCCACAUCAUUGACUUUGGUCUGGCCAAAGAAUACAUAGACCCUGAGACCAAAAAACACAUCCCAUACCGGGAGCACAAGAGUCUGACUGGGACAGCACGCUACAUGAGCAUUAACACACACCUGGGAAAGGAGCAAAGCAGAAGGGAUGACUUGGAGGCUCUGGGUCACAUGUUCAUGUACUUCCUCCGAGGCAGCCUCCCCUGGCAGGGCCUAAAGGCUGACACUUUGAAGGAGAGGUAUCAGAAAAUUGGAGACACCAAACGAGCAACACCAAUUGAAGUGCUUUGCGAAAGCUUCCCUGAAGAGAUGGCCACCUACCUGCGCUAUGUGAGGAGGCUGGACUUCUUUGAGAAGCCUGAUUAUGAUUACUUGAGGAAGCUCUUCACCGAUCUGUUCGACAGGAACGGCUAUGUCUUUGACUAUGAAUAUGACUGGGUUGGCAAAUCACUUCCCACACCGAUAGGCCCUAUCCCCAGUGACACGCCCCUGCAGCCCAGCAGCAGAGACAAAGCACAACAGCAGACCAAAAACCAGUCACCUGAGCCCAAAGGAAGUGAGUCUCAGCCCACUCCCGUGACCAAUAAGGAGACUCUGGGGUCGCACCUCACGGCUGAGCGGCUGGGGGGCUCUGUCCAGGUGAUGAGCUCAACGAACGGCGAACUGAACACUGAUGAUCCCACAGCUGGACACUCCAACGCUCCCAUCACUGCUCCCACCGAGGUUGAAGUGGCUGACGAAACCAAGUGCUGUUGUUUCUUCAAAAGGAGAAAGAGGAAAGCCCUCCAGAGGCACAAGUGAAAGAAGAGAACGGAGAGAACUUGAAACAUUGUGGUCACUGUCAAGUUUUAAAUGGAAGCAACUACACAGACCCACCUUCCCUGUCCCUUAUCUCUUUCCAGCUUCCCCCUCACCUCCUUCCCCCUCUCACCUUAUCCUCCCUGUCACCAUGUACCUCCCCCCUCGCGCUCUCUCUUUCUCGUCCUCUGUGCCCCCCCCCCUCGGCUACUGGCGAGUUAAAGGAAUGUUGCGGUCCUACCGACGCCACAACAGACUCUUGAUUCCUUAACAGAUGAAGAAUAAACGUACCUGCAUUACAACGGGGGAGUGGAGGGGGGCUUGAGAAAAAGUAAAAAAAGCUGUAACAAUGAAACUCGAAUACCGUGGCGUGAAUAUGAAAAAAGAUACUGUUUGAAACAGUUGUUGUAUUCUAGAUUCCAUAAAGAGCGUGUAUUGUUCGAACAGUCAGCUGUUGAUCAGGGGAAACCAUUCAAGUGGUUCGAGUGAAAGAAAUCUGCUCCUUAGGAAAUUGUUAAUUUUUUUUCUUUGGUGUGUGUUUUGGGAUCAAGGUAAAGAGGAAAAGGUGAACUAUGCUGAUGUUAAAUCUGAGAGACACAGGAAGCAUUUCAUCUAUAAAACAGAAAUUGGAGGAUUUUUAUGUAUUUUUUUUCUUUUUUUUGUAAGUGAAUCCUCAGUUUUCGAAGUCCAAUCCCUGCAUUGAAGACUUAUUUUUAUGUUGUAGUGUUCUGGAGUUCAGUUCUUUCCUCACUCUGGCUUUCUUUUUGUCUGUCAACGUGGACUUUGUAGCACAGUCACUGGCCUCAGGUACUGUGGAAGAAUGAGAGAAACAGAUAUUAAGCUCUCUUAUUAUUAUUGCACUUUUGGAAAAAAAAACAAUUACAGUGGAAAACUUUAGGGUUUGAAAUUAACAAUUACGAAAACAACUUAAUAAAGACUGAUCUAGGAAGAGUCCUUCACAACGCUUAUAUCUGAGUUAUGGCUGAAAAAUGUUGGCGAUUUACAUGGAAAAAAGAGAUGUCUUUUGAUUUUUAUUUCUUACAUCAAAAUAAUUUACCAGGAAAUCAUAGUUUGUGCCUUUCUAAGUAAAAUGUUUAAAGCUCAAGUGAGUGUCCCGCGAUGACAUUUUAUCUAAUCUGACCCAAAUGCUCACUGGAUUACUGUGUGUGUGUUUGUGUGUGUUUGUGUGUGUAUGUGUGCGCUUGCAACUGUGGAAUGAUGACCGUGCACAUCCCUCUCUGUCACUUGUAAGCAGUAGACACCGUUUCCUCUGGCCCUGUGCCGUGACAGUCAGCACAUCUGUACAGUGGUGGCGUUUGCUUUGGAGGCGCGUGGGGACAUUGUGCCGGGUCAAAGAGAUCUAACAGACAACAACCCAAAUCUAUUUGAUCCGUCGCUUCACUUCAUCUGGAGGUCACAGACAGACAUGCAGCUCAGUGAGCUUUGCUGCUUCAAGGUGCCCCUGAAAUUACUGGAGUGUUUCUGAUCAAACUGGACUAGUUCAGAAAGAACAAUCUACUUGGUUUAAGUGACAGCUGAUUUCAUGUGUCACUUUGAUCCUUCCUUUUACGUCUUUCUUUGUUUGCUGUCAUGUCUGACAGCCUGCUGCUCUGUGUUCAUCACUGCCUAAAGCUUGUGGGUCGUCACAAAUAGCAACUUUAAUGUCCUUGAGCCAUUUCAAGGAGUAAUCCAGCGAUUUUAAUAUUUCACUCCAUUAAGCAGAAGGAACAAACAGUCCAGCUUGAAGGGGAUGAGGUUUGCAGAGUGAGGCUCACAUUCUAAGAAGCAUUGGAGCAUGGCCCUUAAAUUCCUCCUAUAAAGCCCACCUUUCCUUUUAGUAACAGGUUUCAGUGUCACUUCAAACUUGAUAAAAUUCAUCCUAUUGUUUCUGUAGGUUCAUGUGUGCCUGAUGGAAGUCUCCUUUAGAGGCCUCUCUACCGCUAUGAUUCAUUAGAUCAUGAAGGUUAACUUUAGAUUUACACAUUUCACAAGACUGACUGACCAACCAGUGUGUCAUCACUGUAUGAUGUGAACCUUGUGAAACAUGUCAUGAACUGGUAAAGGGAAGUUUUGUCUGUUCUCCCCACUUUAAGCUUACAAAAAAUGAUGUUGCAAAUAUGUAAAAAAAAAACAUGAUAGUGAACUAGGGACAAAAAACUGGACAUUAGAGACAAAAAGACUGAAUGUUUUGUGACUGAAUUUCAGAAAUAAUAAUGUGGGUUCAGAGUUAAUUCCAACCAAACGCAGAUCAUUGAAAUCUCACAUGAUCAAGAUUUGACUUACAGAUAAACUGUUGAACUUUUUAUGAGUUAGUGUUCUAGCUCCACAUGUGAAUCUAAAUGACUUUAGGAGAGAGAAAUGUUUGUGUGAGUAUGUUCGGAGGAGUUAAGUGCUAAAAUCGGUGGCUAUGCGAAGGAUGGAAAGAGGAAGCAGCUGUAUUUGGUAACAGUAUUGACACUCACGAGUUUUAAACGCCACUCAUAACCAUAUGGCUUAGUUUAGACGACAUAUGAGGCGUGUACUCUGCAGAGCUGUAUGUUUGCUGCUGUAUAAUAACCCAAACACAAAGCAAACCUCCAGAUGUUCCGAGGAUGACUCAGGACGCUCCAGGCGCGCUUUUACGCGUAAAGUUCGUCGCCGUAUCCAAAGCGCCACUGACAGCUGAGAAAAGCUUUUGUUGGCACAAUGAAUGAUUCCACUAAACGCUAAACCGGUUCAGCUGACCACCGAGGGCACCCAGCUUUGACAUAAUCCGUUACAAUAAAUAAUUUAGAACUGGGGGACUUUUUUUUUUCCUUUUUUGAGAUUCUCAGACCAGGGUUGAACUGUGUUUCUGCUCUCUUAGUGUAACUAUUUGCAUUAUGUAUUUGUAAAUAUGACAACGACAGAUCUCUAAUUGUGAAUAAAGAAGGUUUUAUCACA